AUGCUUCGUCGAAAGAAACCGAUUUUGAUGGCGGUAGUUAAGAUUGCGAAUCCUUUGGAAGAUUGCAUUGAUGCCCGAUUGGCUUUGGCGUCGCUCAUCCUUGAAGACGCUAAAGAAGAUGAGAAUGGGUUAGGAACAUCACUCAUUCGAUCGAUGGCAAAUCCGUAUCCGAUGUUUAUCAUUCGACAAUAUAUUGGAUUGAUGUUGAGGACCUAUAACAAUAUGGUGAAUGAGGCCGAAUGA